ACAGAGCCCAGACACAGCGCUCAAUCUUAUGAUCUUGAGAUCAUGACCUGAGCCAAAAUCAAGAUUCGGACCCUUAAUCCACUGAGCCACACAGGCGCCCCUGCAAUAAGUAUUUAAAGGGAAAAACACACACAAAAUAACUAAGGUUAUGUUAAUUAGGGAUGAAAAUACUUUAUUUCACCGUUGGCUAGGCUCACAGAUAAAGUCAAGGAUGAUAGACCCUUAUUUAAUUUACAGUUAUUUUCCCAUAUUUACAUUAAUUCACCAGUCUCCAGAUAAGGGGAACAGUUACUUCCAUGUUUAGCAGUGAUCUGUCACUUUAGGUUGUUCACAGAUGGUCCUCGUUGUCACCAUUCCCUGUGGCACCUCCAAAGCACGGGCUUUGCAAAUAGGUGCAGUUGGGUUUGAAACCUGGCUCUCCAGCCCUGGAGAGCUGGAUGGCUUGUCUACUCUGAUCAACCUCUCCGAGGCUCAGCUUCUUCUUUUAUAAAAUGGGGCUGUUAAUAACUCCAACCAGUUAAUAUAUCCAACCAUGUAGGAUUGUUAUAAAGAUUCAAGAUAAUGUGGUUAUUGAGCCUGAAACAUAAGUGUCCCUAAAUGGUAGUUAUUAACUAUUCUCUGUGUGUGCCCAUGGAAUGAUUUCCUUUCCAAACCCACUUAAAGCAGGGAAAGUGAAUUCAAGUAUUUCCUCAAGCAGCUGUAUAGUGUCAUUUUAAGAUCACGGUGACUCAACUCCCUUUUCCAUAAGGAAAUAGAAUUGGAAAAAAAAAAAGAAAAAGCUUCCAGCAUUGCCCUGUGUUCAGCACUCAGAGGAGCUGUCAGUACUCUGCCCAACCUCGGGGACGUUAGUUCUCCAGAGUGUGAGAAGGAAGCUUAAUGACAAGACUCAUCUUCCUGGCAGCUCUAAAAAAAGGAGGGUGCUACAUUGUGCACUAAUGUUUACUGCUUCCUUCAAUGAUUAAAAUACCUCAGUACUGUCUGCAUAAUCCAGGGACACUGAAGGAUUCUCUCUAAUGAUGCAGAGCUACAAAUAAAAGAUCACGGUGCUUGACAAAGACCCAUCGUUGAGUGGGGCUCUAGUGCAGUCUGUUCGAGCCAGUAUUCCAUAAGCGACAUUUUCAAACUAUGUGAAGAUCCGUUUUAAGAUUUUUUCCUCUAUGAUGGAGAAGUAUGAAAAAAUUGGGAAAAUUGGCGAAGGAUCCUAUGGAGUUGUUUUCAAAUGCAGAAACAGGGACACGGGUCAGAUUGUAGCCAUCAAGAGAUUUCUGGAAUCAGAGGAUGACCCUGUCAUAAAGAAAAUCGCACUUCGAGAAAUCCGCAUGCUCAAGCAACUAAAGCACCCGAACCUCGUGAACCUUAUCGAAGUCUUCAGAAGGAAGCGGAAGCUUCACCUGGUAUUUGAGUACUGUGACCACACGGUUCUCCACGAGUUGGACAGACACCAAAGGGGGGUACCAGAACAUCUUGUGAAGAGCAUAACUUGGCAGACAUUGCAAGCUGUAAAUUUUUGCCAUAAACACGAUUGCAUACAUAGAGAUGUGAAGCCAGAAAAUAUCCUCAUCACAAAACAUUCAGUGAUUAAGCUCUGUGACUUUGGAUUUGCUCGGCUUUUGACUGGACCGAGUGACUACUACACAGACUACGUGGCCACCAGGUGGUACCGCUCCCCAGAACUCUUGGUGGGGGACACGCAGUAUGGCCCCCCAGUGGAUGUUUGGGCAGUUGGCUGUGUCUUUGCUGAGCUGCUGUCAGGGGUCCCUCUGUGGCCAGGAAAGUCAGAUGUGGAUCAGCUCUAUCUGAUCAGGAGGACCUUGGGAGAUCUUAUUCCUAGGCACCAACAAGUGUUUAGCACGAAUCAGUACUUCAGUGGGGUGAAAAUUCCAGACCCUGAAGAUAUGGAACCACUGGAAUUAAAAUUUCCAAACAUCUCUUAUCCUGCCCUGGGGCUCUUAAAGGGCUGUCUCCACAUGAAUCCUGCUGAGAGACUGACAUGUGAACAGCUGUUACAGCAUCCAUAUUUUGACAGCAUCAGAGAAAUGGGGGCUUCAGCCAAAGAGCUUGACGGACCGAUAAGGAAGACCCUAAGACAGAGCCGAAAGCACCUGCCUGGGUUGCAGGGCCUACCUCAGCUGACCAGCAGCAGCUUCCUUCCAGCUUUGGAUAAUAAGAAGUACUACUGGAAUAUGAAGAAACUGAACUACCAAUUUCCAAACAUUUAAGGAGCUUGGAGAUGGAUGAUGAAAAAGGAGUUAAUAAUUUGGAGAAAAUAAAAUGUAUACGUUUGCUUGAAAACAAUCAUGAUGUUGAAAGAACAUUAGGAGAAUACAUAAGUAAUAAACGUUGGGGGGGGUUAGGGGGAGGGGGGAGGCCACCUGGCAGAACAGAAAGGGAAAUUCCAGAGGCAGCCUUCCAGGCUUCACGAUGGUGAUCAGAACGGAAAGGAAAUACUUGUUUGGAUUUUCACUUGCAUUUUUGUUGUAUCUAAGUAGCUGAGCUAAAGGACAGAAAUAAAAACUGUACUUACUACCCCUAUCUCUGGCAAAAUUAGAAAUGUAAGAAGGAUUUAUGCUUCUAUUGUACCAUAUGCAACAAGUGAAAAAUGGAUUACAAAAUACCCAUAUGUAAUUCUUGCAGAGCUUUUGCCUUGAGUCCUAGCCCCUGCCUUUUCAGACUGUCUCAACAUCAUUUUUUUUUAGAUUUUUAUUUAUUUAUUCAUGAGAGACAGAGAGAGAGAGAGGCAGAGGGAGAAGCAGGCUCCCAAGGAGCAGGGAGCCCGAUGUGGGACUCGAUCACAGGACCCUGGGAUCAUGACCUGAGCCGAAGGCGGAUGCUUAACCAUCUGAGCCACCCAGGCGCCCUCAACAUCAUAUUUAAGAAGAGUUUUAGUUCCUGAAAUCAAAAUGCUUACAAUUCUAUUUCCUGCUUGCUCUAUCUCUAGCUUUUCAUAUUUUAAAACAUUUUUAGAAUAUUUGAGUUCAAAAUACUUAAAAUCAUGGAUUAUCGUUAACAGCAUGACUUGCUUGCAUAUUUAAUUAUGUUUAUAGACAUUUCUUACAUAUACUUUUGUCUUUACCUUUAGUAAAGGCUGCACCUUAGUCAUUUUUGCAGGCAAGAUGGGUUUACAUAACCCCUCUCCAGGUGACCCAGUUCCCCUUGCAAACCAUGGUGUGAAGCCUGGCAGCUGACCAAGGCUUGAAUCAAGGAGUAGAGCAAGACCUACAGGCUUCACGGGAACCGAGCCUAUCAGCCUGAAAGUAAUUAGUUCUUCAUUCUCUCCAGCUCCGCCUCAGACUUGGAGACAGAUCUACAGGCAGGACUAUCUAUAAUGAUCUGGGUUUUGGAAGAAAUUGCUUGUGGGUUUUUACUCGGACCAUAAAAGACAUUAGGUUGUAAACUGAGAUUGUCCCUGAAAUGCCUUUUAAUACUGUAUGUAUGUGUGUGUGUAUAUAUAUACACACAUACGUAUAAAUACCUACACGUGUGUGUGUGUAUACAUAUACUAUGCUAAGAACUGGUAACAACUCAGAAGAAAGGAGUCCAAAAUGAUACUGAGGAUUCCUAGCUUUGUCUCGUGAUACUUCAAAGGAUGACAUAUAAUCAGCUUGGACUUGGCCUGCCGCUCCUGUUCCAAACGCUUUCUCAUCCUCGUCCCUGAACACGGGGCAAGGUGAAGCUCAUGUCCACUGCCAGUUUCGGUUGAUAUGCUGCUGUGGCUUCCUCAGUGGUUCCCAGCCAUGCUCUUUGAAAUUGCAUUUUACGGUCUCUUCAAAACCUUCCUUCUGUGCUCUGGUAACUUCCUUCAUGACAGCAUUUGACUUUAUUCACUUACUCCUAAGUAACUCACCAAAUUCGGGAGUCUGUUCAAUAAUUUUCGCUACUCCAGCCAGUUGAAUGAUACCCUGAGGCUCCCGGAUGUAUGUAGCUUCUGGCGAAGAGCUGACAGGGGUUAAAUACUAGUCCCAGCAGUAUCUAGUUCUUCUCACGUGGCUUUGAUUCAAAUGACAAGGAAGGACAUCCCACUUCUGUUGACAUUUUCUGUUUUCCUUUUUAACCCAAAACCAUGCACUUGACAGGCAGAUGACUGUAACUGCCUAAUUCAUUCAGUAGUUCUAUAGAAAACCAUUCAGAAUACAAAAGUAGUUCUAGACUAAAUUGUGGUAAAUCCAUUGCCUCACCACACAAUAAUCAAACAAAUCUGAGAUGGAAGCGUUUUUUCUAAUGAGUUCUAUUAAAUGUGUACCAAUGCUUAAUUUAACCACAUCUGUAGUCCUUCAUUCAGCAUGGAUUCACCACUGUUUCACAUGAGACUGUUCUAUAUCCUAGUCUUGUUUUUUUUUUUAAUUUACUGUGUUCUGAUUUUAUAAUUGACAGUGGCAAUUCUAUUUGUAAAGAGUAUAUCAAUUAUGGCAUGUGCUAUUUACAUAAGCUGGCUUCUAAACACAACUAAAAUUCAUUUUUCUACCCAAAUGCUGCAUCAUACAGUGUUUAUUUUAAAAUUAUUUCUAGUCAAGGUUAUAGUUAAGAGCAUAAUGUUCAAACCAAACAUACAGAAAUCUACAAACAAGUUGGCAUAUAAUUAAUAGUAAUAGAACCAGGGGCAUUUCAAGGUAAAAAUAAAGAUCUGUUUUUAUCCA